GUGUAGGUGGUUGUGGCGGGCCGGAGAGUGCCCGAGUGACUUAACAUUCUCUACUGCAUUUUUGAACUUCGACGACCUGGGUUGGCCUGCUCACUGUGUGUCCCUGCGCUCCUCUGCUUCUCUGCUCCUUCGGUCUUGUGUGCUGGGGACACGUGGGCCUUUCCAGUUCCCUGCAGCCACCUUCGGUCUGUAGGAAGGCAGUGGCGCAGGGAGCGGUGGGAGCCCGCGGCUGCAGGGCUCAAGGUGGAGACGGCGAAGCGGUCUGCCCCACCCGCCACCCCCACCCGCAAGAUGCACAUCGCCGGUGCAGCCCGGGUCCUGGCCCCGCAACAGACCCAGUCCCGCCGCGACUUGGCAGCAGCUCCUCUUCGGCCCUUUGAGCUCUUCCCUCCUUAUUUCUCAGUCGCAUGCUACAGUGCGAUUCUUUUAUUUAUUUGCGAUUUUAGACAGUAUCCGCUGGCUCUCUACCAUGGACACUCAGUGCGGAUUUGGUUCUCUUAGGUAUGAACCCUGUGCUUCGCCUCCUGUGAGCUCCAAGUCUCAUUUCAUCAAUUUUGGGAUGCAUCAGUAUUUGGUGCUUACAGUAUUAUGGUUAUGUAAAUAUUGUUCCCAGCUGAGCUAUGCAGUACAUUGUGACAUUUUCCAUUUUGUGUUGUUUGUUUUCCUGGGAAUUCAUAAUAGCCUGUUUUCUUCUUGCAUCAACCUGGACACUCAGUGGAUCCUUUCAAAUCUGGACAUGACCUUCGGUUCUGGGAAGCUGGAAGGCCCCUCUGUCACCCCAGAUCCUGCCCAUCUCAGAUCAUGCUUGCAUCCUGACUUUGGACACAAUCCUUCCCAUCCGGAGACUCAGUUUCCUGCAUCUGCAGAGAGCGGGUUUGGGACGUUUCUCCUAGGAGUCAAGGAAAAUCCAAGAGGAAGAAGGAUCUACGGAUAUCCUGCAUGUCCAAGCCACCCGCACCCAACCCCACACCCCCCCGGAACCUGGACUCCCGGACCUUCAUCACCAUUGGAGACAGAAACUUUGAGGUGGAGGCUGAUGACUUGGUGACCAUCUCGGAACUGGGCCGUGGAGCCUAUGGGGUGGUAGAGAAGGUGCGGCACGCCCAGAGCGGCACCAUCAUGGCCGUGAAGCGGAUCCGGGCCACCGUGAAUUCACAGGAGCAGAAGCGGCUGCUCAUGGACCUGGACAUCAACAUGCGCACGGUCGACUGCUUCUACACUGUCACCUUCUACGGGGCACUAUUCAGAGAGGGAGACGUGUGGAUCUGCAUGGAGCUCAUGGACACAUCCCUGGACAAGUUCUACCGGAAAGUGCUGGAUAAAAACAUGACAAUUCCAGAGGACAUCCUUGGGGAGAUUGCUGUGUCUAUCGUGCGGGCCCUGGAGCAUCUGCACAGCAAGCUGUCGGUGAUCCACAGAGAUGUGAAGCCCUCCAAUGUCCUUAUCAACAAGGAGGGCCAUGUGAAGAUGUGUGACUUUGGCAUCAGUGGCUACUUGGUGGACUCUGUGGCCAAGACGAUGGAUGCCGGCUGCAAGCCCUACAUGGCUCCUGAGAGGAUCAACCCGGAGCUGAACCAGAAGGGCUACAAUGUCAAGUCCGACGUCUGGAGCCUGGGCAUCACCAUGAUUGAGAUGGCCAUCCUGCGGUUCCCUUACGAGUCCUGGGGGACCCCAUUCCAGCAGCUGAAGCAGGUGGUGGAGGAGCCGUCCCCCCAGCUCCCAGCCGACCGUUUCUCCCCCGAGUUUGUGGACUUCACUGCUCAGUGCCUGAGGAAGAACCCUGCAGAGCGUAUGAGCUACCUGGAGCUGAUGGAGCACCCCUUCUUCACCUUGCACAAAACCAAGAAGACGGACAUUGCUGCCUUCGUGAAGGAGAUCCUGGGAGAAGACUCAUAGGGGCUGAGCCUCGGACCCCACUCCGGCCCUCCAGAGCCCCACAGCCCCAUCUGCGGGGGCAGUGCUCACCCACAUCAUAAGCUACUGCCAUCCUGGCCCAGGGCAUCUGGGAGGAACUGAGGGCGCUGCUCUCACCUGGCUCUGUGGCGAGCCAUUUGUCCCAAGUGCCAAAGAAGCAGACCAUCGGGGCUCCCAGCCAGGCCCUUGUUGGCCCCACCAGUGCCUCUCCCUGCUGCUCCAAGGACCCGUCUCCAGCUGCUGAGAUCCUGGACUGAGGGGCCUGGAUGCCCCCUGUGGAUGCUGCUGCCCCUGCACAGCAGGGCCACUGGUGCCUGGGUGGAUGGGCCACUGCUUUGCCCAGCCUGGAUGCCAUCCAAGUUGUAUAUUUUUUUAAUCUCUCGACUGAAUGGACUUUGCACACUUUGGCCCAGGGUGGCCACACCUCUAUCCCGGCUUUGGUGCGGGGUACACAAGAGGGGAUGAGUUGUGUGAAUACCCCAAGACUCCCAUGAGGGAGAUGCCAUGAGCCGCCCAAGGCCUUCCCCUGGCACUGGCAAACAGGGCCUCUGUGGGGCACACUGGGUCACCCAGUCUUGCCCGCCACUGUUAUCGGUGUCAUUCACAUUUUCUGUUUUUUUUUUUUAAUUUAUCCUCUGUUGAUUUUUUCUUUUGCUUUAUGGGUUUGGCUUAUUUUUCUUGCAUGGUUUGGAGCUGAUUGCUUCUCCCCCACCCCCUAGGGUACCAGCAGGCAGAGCCUUGCCCUCUGCUCAGGCUGGGGUCCAGUGGGAGGGGCCCAAGGUCUCUGCUCAGAGAGGUGCAGGGGGAGCCUUCCAGCUCACUGUCCCUGAGGACUGGCUUGACAGGGGCUAUGGGUUUGCUUUGGUGGCGUUUUUUAAAAAAGAAAAUAUAUUUUUUUGAAAAAAUGA